AUGGUCCUAAUUCAAUACACCCGAAAGAAUGAAGUGAACCUGCCUCAGCACAUCUCAGGAAGUGUUACAUUGAAGGCAGUUGCCGAACAACAUUUCGCGUACGAGUCUAUGCUGGAAAGAAUUAACUCCGGUAAUGCCGCACGCUCCUUGUAACUGUUGCACUUAGACAGUCAGGCAUCUGAAUCACCCGUCAGUCGUUCGUGCAUACUCUUCUUUUCUGGACCCCAGACUCUCGUCACUUUUUCUUACCGUUGAACCGGUCCUGCCCUGCAAGACUUCGCUGAGUAGUCUGCGGUUUGAUGAGUUCAUUGGCGGACUGCAUUCCAUCCUCCAAGGUCUUGACUUCCUGCAUACCCGCGUAAUUUCGAUUGCUUUUUAUCAUUCUUCCAGGCUAUGUUGUCACACAACAGCGUCCAAAUCGAGAGUGUUUUUCUCGACUCAAAAAGAAGAUGGAAGCUCUGUGGCUUUGAGUUUUGCACUCCCCUAAAGGAACUUGAUUCGCAUAAAAUCGCUGUGAUAGAGUCAUUAAAGAAUAAGGACCGUGACGAAAGAGUAAGUUGGUGUCUGAAUGCUUAUUUCAAAGGCCACUAG